CUCCUCCCCUCUGCCCCUUCAUCCUGGGCGCGGAGGGCGGAACAGUUUCUGGACCGGAGCACCCGCGAGAAGCAGGGAGCGGCCGCACAGCAGCCAGAAGGGGGCGCCAGCAGCCAGGGGCCGGUGCUACCGGGUCGGCUCUGCCGGGGCGUUCCGCCCCCGCCCCAGUGAACCGUCCCUCGGCCGCAAAGAUGCCCCCUUCCGCUGGAAAGCGGUGCCUCCCUGGGUGCUCGCGAAAGCAGCCCUGAGAAUGGCAGCUCUCAGAGGUAGAAGUCAUUCUUUUCGAGGGACAGGGCACGGCGACUGUUUGAUUGGGGGAGUUAGCCUCGCUAGAGGAAUGUGCAAGGACAGAAGGGAAACUGAGGAGACCCGCGGCUCAUUAGCGAAAUAAUAGGGUGCACUUCAAUAAAAAUGCAGUCCUGAAGUGGAGUGGACUCACCGGCAAGGAGCCUGGAAAGUCGACAGGGUCGGCGGCAAAAUACUAUCAAAUCAGCCUGGGAGGCAGCUUUUCACUCGGCAAGUUCAAGAGAACACAUAUGUUGCAAUCCUUGCCUAUUCUUGCCUCCACUUCAUAAUGUCAUAAAAGGCACCUCGGGUAUCAUUUAUCAACCUCUCUCCAGCCCACUCUUCCAAAAUAACACUACAGUUUCCUACAUGUAUAUUUUUGCCAGGACUCCAAAGAGCCUUGCUAAAGUGGAACAAGGAAAAUCCUCCCCUGGCCUCCUGGGACUGCAGUCACCAGGCUGUCAAAGCCUCCAUACUCCACUGAGUUCCAGAGAAGGGUCUCAAAGCUGGGAGAGGAUCAAACUAACAUGGAGUAGAGAAUUGAACUGUGAAAAAGAAGCCCGAGAUCCGCCAGCGAAAUGGUGUUGCAGCCCCGUUGAAGGAGUCAACUUGCAGGCUGUUAAAGACCUCAAGUCAUUAGCAUCAGCUGCUGCACUAAAGGGGCAAGUCAGCGCCUCUAAGUGGCUUAGCGCACAAACGAGGCUCCCGAGACGGCCUUGGCAACUCCAUCCCCUCCUCCACCACCCGCUGGAUGCGAAAAGCUUUCCGGAGCCCAUCUUGAUACUUGAUAAUCAUUUUUAUUUUGAAUCACCCUUGCCUCGCAACCCCAAGACCUUAGAGUGCCAACAGCACCCAUUAUAGGACUCCCUCUGGGGCUGUGCAGAUUCUGCACGAAGCAGAAGGCAAAAACAAAAAACAAAAAACAAAAAACAAAAAAACCAGGAACUGUUUGAGUCCACUAACCUGCGCUCUUCCCACCAACCUCCGGCACCCCACCUCCGCCCACGUACCCGUGUCCUGGGACUAGGAGGUACCGUUAUGUCCCCUUCCGAGGGGGAAGCUUGGUAGUGUUGGUGCUCCUCAAGAGAGACGACGCCCGUUUAUCAACCCCAGGCAACUAGCGGCGCAAAUCAACGGUGGCUCCAGGGCUAGAGAAUCCCUGGGGCUAACCGCACCCCUCUCCCUUUCACGGAACGUGGACUCCGGGGAAAUACGCUCGGGGUCCGCACGCGCUGGGUGUCCAGCUCUCUGUCAUAGCUUCUCCAAGUGCCUAGUGAAACGGGGAAAGGCCCUCUCCAAUCCUUUUGGAAGAGCCUAAAAGCCGGCAACACCAACACCUCUUGACAUGGAAAUACACUGAUACAAUAGGCAAAAAGAAACACUCGAUUGCAUCUUCCGGGUUCCAGGUGGCCUUAUUUGGUAGAGUCUAUACUGACCUUAUUCCUGUGAUGGAGGAUACAGGCAUCCAGCGAGGCAUCUGGGAUGGAGAUGCCAAGGCUGUCCAACAAUGUCUGACAGAUAUUUUUACCAGCGUUUACACCACCUGCGACAUCCCUGAGAAUGCUAUAUUUGGUCCCUGUGUCCUGAGCCAUACUUCCCUAUAUGACAGCAUAGCUUUCAUAGCUCUCAAGUCUACUGACAAGAGAACAGUACCUUAUAUCUUUCGGGUAGACACCUCAGCAGCAAAUGGUUCCUCAGAAGGUCUCAUGUGGCUGCGGUUGGUCCAGUCGGCCAGAGAUAAGGAAGAGCAGAACCUUGAAGCCUAUAUAAAAAACGGACAGCUGUUUUACCGCUCUCUUCGCAGGAUUGCCAAAGACGAGGAGUUACUAGUUUGGUACGGGAAAGAACUGACUGAGUUACUCUUGCUCUGCCCCUCUAGAUCCCACAACAAAAUGAAUGCAGGGUCGUCCCCUUACACAUGCCUGGAAUGCAGCCAACGUUUCCAGUUUGAGUUCCCCUAUGUGGCGCAUCUGCGUUUCCGCUGCCCCAAGAGACUUCACAGCGCUGAUAUAAGUCCCCAAGACGAGCAAGGCGGCGGCGUGGGCACCAAGGACCACGGGGGCGGCGGCGGCGGUGGUGGCAAAGACCAGCAGCAGCAGCAGGAGGCACCUUUAGGCCCAGGUCCCAAGUUUUGCAAAGCCGGUCCCCUCCACCACUACCCAGCCCCCUCCCCCGAAAGCAGCAACCCACCUGCUGCCGCCGGCGGCAGCAGCGCGAAACCAUCCACAGACUUCCACAACCUGGCCAGGGAGCUGGAAAACUCCCGGGGAGGCAGCAGCUGCUCCCCAGCCCAGAGCCUCAGCAGUGGUAGCGGCAGCGGCGGCGGCGGCGGCCACCAGGAGGCGGAGCUGAGUCCCGACGGCAUCGCCACGGGCGGCGGCAAAGGAAAGAGGAAAUUCCCGGAGGAGGCGGCGGAGGGCGGCGGUGGCGCGGGUCUGGUAGGCAGCCGGGGCCGCUUCGCAGAGCGGCCCCUCCAGUCCUCCAAGGAGGAUCUGGUGUGCACACCGCAGCAGUACCGAGCCUCCGGCAGCUACUUCGGCCUGGAAGAGAACGGCCGCCUCUUCGCGCCGCCCAGUCCCGAGACGGGCGAGGCGAAGCGCAGCGCCUUCGUGGAGGUGAAGAAGGCGACCCGCGCGGCCGGCCUGCAGGAGGAGGGUACCGCCGACGGCGGGGGCGUCGCCUCCGAGGACCAGGACGCUGGCGGCGGCGGCGGCUCCUCCACACCCGCGGCCGCGUCGCCGGUAGGCGCCGAGAAGCUGCUGGCCCCGCGGCCCGGGGGCCCGCUGCCCAGCCGGCUCGAGGGCGGCAGUCCUGCGAGGGGCAGCGCCUUCACUUCGGUGCCGCAGCUGGGCAGCGCGGGCAGCACCGGCGGUGGGGGCGGCACGGGCGCCGGGGCCGCAGGCGGCGCGGGCGGGGGCCAGGGCGCCGCGUCGGACGAGCGCAAAAGCGCCUUCUCACAGCCAGCACGCUCCUUCUCGCAGCUGUCCCCGCUGGUGCUGGGCCAGAAGCUGGGCGCGCUCGAGCCAUGCCACCCCGCCGACGGCGUGGGCCCCACUAGACUCUACCCCGCCGCCGCGGACCCUCUAGCGGUGAAGCUCCAGGGGGCCGCGGACCUGAACGGAGGUUGCGGGUCCCUGCCUAGCGGCGGCGGGGGCCUACCUAAGCAGAGCCCCUUCCUGUACGCCACCGCGUUCUGGCCCAAGAGUUCCGCUGCCGCUGCAGCCGCAGCUGCUGCGGCGGCCGCGGGGCCUUUGCAGCUGCAGCUGCCCUCGGCGCUCACGCUGCUGCCGCCCUCCUUCACCUCGCUGUGUCUGCCCGCACAGAACUGGUGUGCCAAGUGCAACGCCUCCUUCCGCAUGACCUCCGACCUGGUGUACCACAUGAGGUCGCACCACAAAAAGGAGUAUGCGAUGGAGCCCUUGGUGAAGCGUCGGCGAGAGGAGAAACUCAAGUGCCCCAUCUGCAAUGAGUCCUUCAGGGAGCGCCACCACCUCUCCAGGCACAUGACCUCGCAUAAUUGACUCGGAAAGGACCCCAGCUUUCCGCGCGCGCGCACGCACAGUCAAGCCACCUGCAGGAAUAAACACGCGAGAACAUCCACCGCUUCCUUGUACCCCGAAACACUGCACAAAGACACAUACAGUCACCACUCCCCCCCAACACGCACACACGUCCUCCCCUUCUGGGAACUUCAUUCAAAUAUUUACCCGGCACACACACACCCACCCACACACAGACACACACACACAAGAGCCAGGAUGGUGGAUUUUUGAUUGGGUGGGUUGAGGGGGUUUUCUUUUGAAUGCACGCAUUUUCACUUUCCCCAAAACAAAGGUACAUUUUUAAAAAUGUCAUAUAUUGCAGCAUAUUGAUGCAUUUGUCAUACGUUUCUACUUAAAUUAUUAAGCACUUACGAUUUAGAUGUAAUAAUUAUAUGUAAGGGCAAAAUUUAUUUUAGAUAUAAAGUAAAGGAGGAGGGCGAGAUGCUUUCUGCAUUUCUUGAUGAUAGUUUGUGUUCUUACAAAAAUAAACAAAAUGAAUAAAAAGGGGUCGCCAUUCAAUUUGAGUUUCCAGGGGGAAGUGCAUGUAUAAUGAAAUGAUUAUGGACUUCAAUGAAGAAUGUCAUCAAUUAUGUAAAUAUGUAUUUCCUUUUAAUACAAAGUGUAAUUUUGUGCCAGUGAAAUGGAGUCUGAAUAGUUAUGUGUGUCUUUUAUCCCUGGAAAUAUUUAUUAAACUUUAUAGUUUAUCGGAG